AGCAGGUAUUUAAUAUUUUUCCAGUAUCCAGUUUCCAUUCAGAGAAUCUUCACCUGGAAAAUUUUUUAAUACUGGUAAUUGGGAGUUAACUGAAAGCUUUGAGGAAUGUAUAGUCGUUCACACACAGAUGGGGGAUAUCGCUCCCGUGCUCGAGAGGAGCCAUUCAUCGAUCGGUUCUUCACCAGCCUGAAAGGAGACCACGAUGGAGAAACUCGGCGAUAUCUGCAGAGUGUCUAUGCCAGUACUGCCAUGGCUGUGCUUGCUAGUGGGAUCUACCCCUACAUUGGAUUGGCAGUUGCCUGUGGCUUCAUAAUGUAUGACACACAAAUCAUCAUUGAACGUUGCCACUGGAGAGACAAGGAUGUUGUCCGUGAUGCAGUGAUGGUGUUCUUUGAUCUCUUCGAUGUAUUUCAGCUUCUUCUCCGCAUUCUCCAGCAGCAAAAGGCUGAAGAAAACAGGCGGCGGACCUCACCAAGGAGUGGAGGAGAAGCCACCCCCUACCGGACACCUCCCACCUCCAAGACACCUACCCCGGACCGGGACAAGGGGGUGGAGGCGAGACUAGAUGGUGGACGAGAGACUCGAGCCGCACAGAGUGAUGGGGGGGGGGGGGGGCAUUGGGGACAAUCUGCCCCUGGCCUUGGGUAUCAAGGGGCCCCAAGGAGUCCUCCAAAGGGCCGCAAGCGGACCUCCGGUUUAGUUUUGCCCCGGGCCUCUGGAAACCUCAGGGCGGCCCAGUUGGUGAGUCUACUGUACAUGGAGAAUCCCCUCUGA